UGGUUGAACGGCGUCGGCAACUCUCUUCCACGCUGGAGCUGGACAAGACAGCUGGAAAUCUGGAAUACUGCUUUGUAUUGCCCUGUGAAGAAGACGCAAGGAAGUAAAGAGAUGGCUCAAGAGGUUGCUGCUACUAAUGCACAAGCACAAAAUCAGCAGGCUGCUGCUACUAAUGCAGAACCACAAAAUCCAAUACCCACACCUGCUGGUGAUGAUGAAGAAGUUCUUGAGUUGGGAAAUCUCAAGAGUGACGUGUGGAAACACUUCACAAAGAUAAAGAAGGGAGAACUUAUCAAGGCUAAAUGUAACUAUUGCAAGAAGUUGCUUGCCGGUUUGCUUAUGUUCCAACUCCGCAUACAAGUGGUAGGCUGGCUAAAGUUUUGCUGGACUGUAUGA